AUGGAGUCUACUGCCCAACCCAACACCGCUGCCAUGCAAAGCGCUCAUGCUCGACGAGGUUCGGUGGGAACCUCUCAACUUUUCGAUAACAUCGUCUCCACCUCCAACUUCAACCGGGAUGAAGUUGACCGACUACGCAAGCGAUUUAUGAAGCUGGACAAGGAUGCUUCCGGUACUAUUGACCGCGACGAGUUCCUUUCCCUUCCUCAGGUCUCCUCCAACCCUCUGGCCACCAGAAUGAUCGCAAUCUUCGACGAGGACGGUGGUGGCGAUGUCGAUUUCCAAGAAUUCGUGACCGGCCUCUCGGCUUUCAGUUCCAAGGGUAACAAGGAGGAGAAGCUGCGCUUUGCUUUCAAGGUCUACGAUAUUGAUCGCGAUGGCUACAUUUCCAACGGCGAGCUGUUCAUUGUUCUGAAGAUGAUGGUAGGAAAUAACUUGAAGGAUAUCCAGCUACAGCAGAUUGUGGAUAAGACUAUUAUGGAAGCCGAUAAGGAUGGUGAUGGAAAGAUUAGCUUUGAGGAGUUCACUGAGAUGGUUGAGAGUACCGAUGUGAACCUGAGCAUGACUCUGAAUCAAAUAUAA